AUGGACAAGCUGGGAAACCAUGACUUGAAUGUAGUGACCUAUGAUGAUGUGCAUGUUGCUUUCACUUGGGAAGAGUGGAAUUUGCUGGAUCCUUUCCAGAAGAAUCUCUACAAAGAUGUGAUGCUGGACACCUACUGGAACCUCACUUCUAUAGGGUACAUUUGGAGAGACAAUACUACCGAUGAACAUUUUCAAAGAUCCAGAAGACAUGGAAGGUAUGAAAGAAACCAAACUGGAGAGAAACCUGUAUAUUUUCAACGUGGUAAAGCCUUUGCAUAUGAGAGUCGUCUUCACAGGCAUGAAAGAACACAUAGUGGAGAGAAAAUCUUUGAAUGUAAUCAGUGUGGUAAAGCCUAUAGUCAUCAGAGUAGUCUUCAGAUGCAUAAAAAAAACUCAUACUGGAGAAAAACCCUAUGAAUGUAAGCAAUGUGGUAAAGCCUUUGUUCAUCACAGUAGUCUUCAAAGGCAUGAAAGAAUACAUACUGGAGAGAAACCCUAUGAAUGCAAUCAAUGUGGUAAAGCCUUUGUUCAUAACAAUGGUCUUCAAGUACACAAAAGAAGACAUACUGGAGAGAAACCCUAUGAAUGCAAUCAAUGUGGUAAAGCCUUUGUUCAUAACAAUGGUCUUCAAGUACACAAAAGAAGACAUACUGGAGAGAAACCCUAUGAAUGUAUUCAGUGUGGUAAAGCAUUUGUGUAAAAGUCAUCUUGAAAUGCAUAAAAGAACACAUACUGGAGAGAAACCCUAUGAAUGCAUUCAAUGUGGUAAAGCCUUUGCACAACAGAGUAAUUUUCAAGUUCAUGAAAGAACACAUACUAGAGAGAAGCCCUAUGAAUGUAUUCAAUGUGGUAAAGGCUUUGCAAAG